CAAAACUGUAUGACUUUCUUUUGUCUGCUGAACCCAGAGAAUGUUAGUCAGAAUGUUACAGACUGACUCAGUCACCAUUUACUUUCAUUGCAUCUGAGGCCCUAACAUUUUCAUUUUUGGUCGAAAAUGCUUUGCAAGAUUUUAGGUCUGAAGAAAUUGUACUACCAAAGUUCCUUCAAGGCAAGUCAGUCCACUGGGCGCUCAUCUUUGAAAAGCUCCUGGGAAGCUAUUUUCUAUGGACAGAAGCGUCAUGAAAGUUCUGCUACUAUUCAUUUGAAUGAGAAAAGACUGAGGUCUCCAAACGGUUGGUCAUGAUUACAAUCAAAGAACAUAUUUCAAAUCAGCAUCAGCAGUCAAAUCUGACAACAACUGUUUCAGAAAUUGUGCUUCUAUAGCUCAGAUCACGAAAAAAAAAAACUAGUUUUCCGGCUGGUCCAGCUAUUGCGCAUGCGCGUUCUCGUGAUGAAUGACAGGCGAUGUCUGUAUCUACAAGGUGAGUGGCUCUAUUGCCUGUAAGGCGGGACCUUUUUCAAUUUGUCCCAUCCAUUUUUAUACAAGUGCUCCAUCUCUGCUAAAAACUCUGUGGCAAUACUGCACUGUCAGCAAUAGAAAGCGCCAUUGAGCUACGCUCGGUGCUUUAAAAUGUGAUUAGUUUCCACAACCCAUUAUUAACAAAGUACUGAGUUUUAUUUAUUUAUUUUUGUUUGUCUAAAGCUCAUAAAUACUACAUUUUAGUCACAGAAACGUUAAUUUCAACAACGAGUGACAGUGUUAAUCGAAUGCCGAUGCUAAAUCCUGUGUGUCCUCCACACUCGACUAUACAUGUCUCUCAGAGAUUGGACGUCACUGGCGUCGGAGCAUGAGUCAAACAAAAUAGCAAGUAAGGACAUUUCUAUGUCCGCCACAGUCUGGUGGAAAGAUGGAAAACACGGGCUAUUGCAGCGAGAGCUUCAACAGCCUGCAGAGCGGAACCAGCGAUGAGGACAUGGUGGAAAUCGCUGGAGCCACGCUGGACUUCUCCAGCACAGAUGACGUGCCCCCUCUGGACCGGGACUUGGGCUCUGGUGCUUCAUAUGGAGGUGGAGAUGGACCCAAUGGGGUUCCUAAACUGAUGGAUUUGCUAGAUGAGCCAGUGCCUGGGGUAGGAACUUAUGAAGACUUCAACACAAUCGAUUGGGUCCGGGAGAAAUCCAAGGACCGGGAUCGCCAUAGAGAGAUUACUACUAAAAGUAAAGAGUCUACAUGGGCUCUGAUGAAGAGCAUCAGUGAUGCCUUCUCUGGCUGGCUUCUCAUGCUGCUUGUGGGACUGAUGUCAGGUGCCCUGGCUGGUGGGAUUGACAUCUCUGCUCACUGGAUGACUGACCUGAAGGAGGGUGUGUGUCUGAGUGGCUUCUGGUUCAACCACGAGCACUGCUGCUGGAACUCUAACGAGACUACUUUCCAGGAGAGAGACAAGUGCCCUAACUGGAAAAGCUGGGCUGAGCUCAUUGUCGGCACCAAUGAUGGCCCUUUUGCCUACAUUAUGAAUUACCUGAUGUAUGUCUGCUGGGCACUGCUCUUCUCCUUCUUGGCUGUGUCUUUAGUCAGAGCCUUUGCCCCAUAUGCCUGUGGCUCUGGAAUACCUGAGAUCAAGACCAUCCUGAGUGGAUUUAUCAUCCGUGGCUACCUGGGCAAAUGGACUCUUAUGAUUAAAACCAUCACCCUGGUGCUGGCUGUGUCAUCUGGCCUCAGUUUGGGCAAAGAGGGGCCUCUGGUCCAUGUGGCAUGUUGCUGUGGCAACAUUUUAUGCCACCUCUUCACCAAGUACCGCAAAAAUGAAGCAAAGAGACGAGAGGUAUUGUCUGCUGCAGCAGCUGUUGGUGUGUCAGUAGCUUUUGGGGCUCCCAUCGGUGGAGUUCUUUUCAGUCUGGAGGAGGUGAGUUACUACUUCCCUCUGAAGACACUGUGGCGCUCUUUCUUUGCUGCAUUGGUGGCUGCCUUUACUCUUCGCUCUAUCAACCCAUUUGGUAACAGCAGGCUGGUGCUGUUCUAUGUAGAGUUUCACUCACCGUGGCACUUGCUGGAGCUCAUACCCUUCAUCCUGUUGGGUGUUUUUGGGGGAAUCUGGGGAGCGUUCUUCAUCCGUGCCAACAUUGCCUGGUGUCGCCGGCGUAAGACCACGCGGCUGGGACACUACCCUGUCCUGGAGGUGCUGGUUGUAACAGCAGUCACAGCCCUGCUGGCAUUCCCCAACAGCUACACUCGAAUGAGCACCAGUGAGCUGAUCUCUGAGUUAUUCAACGAUUGCGGCCUGUUGGAUUCCUCACAGCUCUGCAACUACGCUAAUGUAAGCGUUACCAAGAUCAACAGCGAUGCUCUGCCCGACAGGCCGGCGGGACUUGAUGUCUACACGGCCAUGUGGCAGCUGUCACUGGCCCUGAUCUUCAAGAUACUCAUCACUGUGGUGACAUUCGGCAUGAAGGUGCCCUCUGGUCUCUUUAUCCCCAGUAUGGCUGUGGGAGCGAUUGCAGGCAGGCUGCUUGGUGUGGGCAUGGAGCAACUGGCAUAUUACCAUCAUGACUGGGUUAUCUUCAGAGGCUGGUGCUCACCUGGAGCAGACUGCAUCACCCCGGGCCUCUAUGCUAUGGUGGGUGCCACUGCCUGCUUAGGUGGUGUGACUCGUAUGACUGUCUCUCUAGUGGUCAUCAUGUUUGAACUUACUGGUGGUCUGGAAUACAUUGUGCCUCUAAUGGCUGCCACCAUGACUAGUAAAUGGGUGGCAGAUGCUCUGGGUCGAGAGGGCAUCUAUGAAGCCCACAUCCGUCUCAAUGGAUACCCCUUCUUGGAGUCAAAGGAGGAGUUCAGCCACAAGACUCUGGCCAUGGACGUGAUGCGACCUCGGCGAAGUGACCCCCCACUCUCCGUGGUGACUCAAGAUGGGAUGAGUGUGGAGGAAGUCGAGUCACUCAUUGCAGAAACGUCAUACAGCGGCUUCCCCGUGGUGGUCUCACAUGAGUCUCAGAGACUUGUGGGCUUUGUGCUGCGAAGAGAUCUGGUCAUCUCCAUUGAGAAUGCUCGUCAGCGGCAGGAAGGUGUGGUUAGCGCCUCCCGAAUUUUUUUCACCGAAUACAUGCCUCCACAACCACCCAACAGUCCUCCCCCACUGAAGCUUCGUGGUAUCAUGGACCUCAGCCCAUUCACCGUAACUGAUCACACUGCCAUGGACAUUGUGGUGGACAUCUUUCGCAAGCUGGGCCUGCGCCAAUGUCUUGUCACUCACAACGGGCGUUUAUUGGGCAUCAUCACCAAAAAGGACAUUCUUAAACAUAUGGCCCAGAUGGCCAACCGAGACCCUGACUCUAUUCUCUUCAACUGAAGUGCCAAACUGGCUUUUAUAAGACACCAGCCAGUUUGAAAUGACCCACUGGGCAGAAAACACCAGUCUGGCCAAAUGAUUUGCACUAUAGAACUGCCAGUACUGGAAUAGAAUCCAUUCACACUGUGAAAACCAUUUCGUAGAGCCUCAUUGGUGCAGGCAUUACAACUACGGGAUGGAGAACUUACAGAAACACAUUCUAUGCACUCCAGCACAUAGCUUUAGAGGUGGAACUGAAUUGAAACUGAAGGCAGCCAAGUAUUGGUCUUUGCAAAAAGCCAACCUAUCAUAACAUAUCAAGACUAUCUCAAUAGUUACCACACAGGCAAAAAUCAAGUAUGCUCAAGUCUAAAUCAAUUGCAAUCAUAACAUUUUUAUAACUGUAGCUUAAAUCUGUUAUUUUUCCUGCAAAAUAUGGACAUUCACCUACAACCCCAAUUCCGAAAAAAUUGGGACAGUAUGAAAAAUACUAAUAAAAACAAAAAUGAGUGAUUCGUAAAUUAUAUUCACCCUUUGCUAUAUUAAAAGCUCUACAACUACACAUUAUA